AUGUCGUCGGAGAACAAGGAAAUCGAUUACUCUCUGGCUAACCCAGACACCCUCACAAAGUACAAGACCGCUGCUCAGAUCUCCGAGAAGGUUCUUGCUGAGGUUUCCAAGCUCGUUGUUCCUGGCGCCAAGAUUGUCGAUAUCUGCCAGCAGGGAGACAAGCUCAUCGAGGAAGAGGUUUCCAAGGUCUACCGAGGAAAGAAGAUCAACAAGGGUUUCUCCCACCCCACUACCGUCUCCCCCUCGUCCUACGUCACUCCCUACACUCCUCUUACCUCCGACGAGGCUGAGGCCAGCGCCGAGAUUAAGGAUGGCGAGGCUAUCAAGAUCCAGCUUGGUGCUCAAAUCGAUGGCUUCGGUUCCAUCGUCUGUGACACUGUGAUCGCCACCCCCGAAGACAAGGCUGGCGAGAAGAUCACUGGCCGAACUGCCGACCUGGUCCUCGCUAACUACUACAUCAACGAGGUCCUUCUGCGAUUGAUGAUCCCCCCUGGUCUCCUGGCCCAGGGCUCUGAUGAGGAGAAGGCCAAGGCUGCCUCCCAGAAGGCUCCCACACAGGCCAAGAUCACCAGCCUCCUGGAGAAGGUUGCCAAGGCCUACGAAGUCAACAUUGUCGAGAGCACCACUUCGUGGCUUUUCGACCACAACGAGAUCGAAGGUAGCAAGAAGAUUGUCCUUUCUCCUGCCGAGGGCACCAAGGGUGAGGGUGUUCCUGAGGUCGGUGAAGUUUGGGGUGUCGAGGUCGGUGUCAGUCUGGGCUCCGGAAAGGUCAAGGGACUCGACCAGCGUGCUACUCUCCACCGCCGCACCAACCAGACUUACGGUUUGAAGCGACCUACUUCUCGCAAGAUCCUCAACGAGGUCCAGAAGAAGUUCGGUAUUUUCCCCUUCAGCUUGCGACAGCUUGAGGACGAGCGUGACGCCAAGUCUGGUGUCGUUGAGUGUGUCCGAGGAAACGUCUUCCGCCAAUACGAGCUCGUUGGUGACAAGGACAACUCCCCCGUUGCCCGAUACCUUACAACUCUCGCCAUUACCAAGAACGGUAUUACCAAGCUUGGUGGCCCUCCUGCUCUGGACCUCGAGAAGUACGAGACCGACAAGAAGAUCGAGGACGAGGAAAUCCUUAAGAUCCUGGAACAGCCCAUGGCCCGAAACACCGGCAAGAAGAAGAGCAAGCCCAAGAAGAAGGCCGCCAAGAAGGAGGGCGAUGAAGAGUAA